GAAGUCAAUUCGCAUUUAAACUUAUGAUUCCACCUCCUUCAAUAUUCAUCAGCGUCGAAUGAGCAAAUGAGUGAGUGAAUGAGUAGUUGACUGAGUGAGUGAGCAAGCAACUACACAAAUGAAGCAAAUGAAAUCAUAUCAAUAGAAUUAGGAAACUAAUUUCUGUUCGGGUAUCCUACAUUCAAUCAGCAAACAUGUCGUCCGACGGCGGGAGUAAUCCCUCCUACGAGGACUGGACAGUUCAAGAGACUUCAAACAAAACUUGGCCUUAUUUUGAUCAGGCCGUUCAGACCAAGUUCGAGAGAAAAUUCUUCGAACCCGGCGCUACUAUUGACUUUGACAAGUUGCCCACAUUACAAUCAUGGGCUCCCUACGUCUUCAUGGGUGACAGUGUACGUGUCUCCAUGGUUACCAGAAAGGCAAUGGCGGCUGCCGGGGCUGCUCAUCGUCGCUUGAGUGCCAACGAAAUUGAAGGUAUCGCUGAAGCUAGUGUUCAUGCCGCUCGGUUUCUUCCCUGGAUCCCUGUAUUCUCAGCGACCUUAAGCUGCGCCAUGGCUUGGACCACCAGACGCACUUUCAAGUUUCCUCUCUAUCAACCCAAGUCAAUGGGCUUCACUCGGAAUUUCCCUUCCAGAGGUUUGCGGCUCGUGACCGGCGAAUCGGCCAAAUACGCUUGGCAUGCCGUUCGGAUUGCCGGCUAUUUUCCCUUUUGUUCGGUCCUGGCUGUAUUUAUGUGUACCUCUAUGGCAGAGUUCUCUUUUGAUUCACAUAUAAUGUUUGAUCGGCGCUUAGGGCGCCUGGUAGAGGACAUGAAGAUCGCCGCCAGACAGCAGCACAGAAACACUCAAGGACGUAUUCCGGGCGUUCCUGUACCCCAAUAUCCUCAGCCGACUCAAUCCGCUCAGCCUACAUCCUCAGCCUCCGAUUACCCACGUGACCAAUACACUUCCGAGUCGGGCAAUUCAGCACCUCAAUAUACCAUGGGUGAGGGCUAUGAACCAGGACCGGAGAAUGCUUCCAGUAAAUCAGCAACAGGUCAAGCGCCAUCGCCUGACUGGACACGAAAACCCCAAUAUCAACCACAGCCUCAACCCCAGCCUAGUUCGUCUCAAUAUGACGAUGACGACUUAUUUGGCGACGACGAUGACGCUUCGCCAGUUUCUGCCUCAUCAAGGAGAGCUGAGGCAGAACGGCAGCAAAGUAGCCAAAGUGGCUCUGCAUGGGCACGUAUUAGGCAACAGUCCCAAUCUGGCAAUGCACAGUGGACUCAAGGUGAUUCCUCUGGCCAGGAAAGGGGCUGGUCACAGAUGCGACAAGACAAGGCACUGAACUCCAAGGAGAAGGAGCAGAAAACUCAAGGGUUCGCAUACUCAAAGCAAGACGAGGAACGAGAGGCGAGAAAUUAUGAGAGGGAGCAAGCUCAGAAGGAAUUCGAUGCUCUACUAGAGUCCGAACGACGUGGCGGUUCAAGCAGAUAGUAGAAAGAAUACAAUACAACUAACUUAGUAGCGAGAGAGAUAACGAUGAUAUCGAAUCCUACCAACUUGAAUCUACGAAUCAACCAAUUAACCUUAGGUAUUUGCCUAAGGGUCCAAGUAUCACCUACAUACUUGCCUACCU